AUGCAAUUUGCGGCCGUUUGGCUAUUGGCUGCUGCAGCCAGUUUCACAGCAUUCGAGCAGAGUGAAGCUUACGAUAUAGGUGAAAAUCAAAUAAUAGAUGCCGGCGCUAAUGCCUUGAAUGCGGCUACUCAAAACGCCAUUGGUUCAGCGGGUGUAGGAAGUGGGCUAACCAACAACAUUGGCGGAAGUCAAGUCAUCAACUCCGGCUCGAUCAUUCAGGGUAGCGGCAACACUGUUAACAGUUUACUCAAUGUGGAUCCUCAGAUCAAUGCGGUUGUGAAUGCCCUCAAUAGCUUAAAUCAAGAAUCUGCUGCUGCCUCCGAUGGAGCAAGUGGAAAUACAAUUGGUGGCAGGCAAAUUCAACAAGCUGACACCCAAAUAGUUGGACAAGGUAAUACUGUCUCAAGUCUGGCCAAUGUCAAUCCGCAAGUGAAUGCUGGUGUUGGUCUACUUAGUUCCGUGACACAAACAGUUUCUGGUGCAACUGGUGGAGCUGCUGGUGGACAAUCAGGAAGUGAUUAUAACGAAAAUCCGCAAGCCAGCGCAGGAACUCCAACUGCACGUGGAUCCAGCUCAAGUGCGUCUGGAAAUAGUAUUGGCGGCCAACAAAGACAAAAUACUGGUGCCAAUAUUGUUGGUGAUGGCAACACGGUUUCGAGUCUGGCCAAUGUCAGCCCUCAAGUCAAUGCAGGCGUCAAUCUUCUCAGCUCAGUAACUCAAACGCUUUCCGGCGCAACAGGUGGUAGUGGUGGACUACUGGGAGGUGUACUUAGUGAUGUAGGUGGCGCUGCUAAUAAUAUUGGCGGCAGACAAACGAUGGCUACAGGUUCCAAUAUACAAGGAAACCGCAAUCAAGUAUUCAGUUUAUUAAAUGUGGAUCCCCAAAUUAAUGCUGACGUGAAUGCUCUAAAUACUGUCAAUCAAAGUACACCAGGUGGAGCUAGCGGGGCAGGAACAGCUGGAAAUAAUAUCGGCGGCAGUCAAGCUCAAUCUUCGGGUAAUCGUAUUGUUGGUGAUGGCAACACUGUUUCGAGUCUCGCCAAUGUCAAUCCACAAGUUAAUGCUGGUGUGAAUCUGCUCAGUUCUGUUACACAAACCUUAUCCGAUGUAAUAGGCGGCGGUGCAAGUGGCGGACUGCUUGGUGGUGCACUUGGCGCUGUAGAAGGUUCAGCUAACAACAUAGGUGGCAGGCAACUGAUGGAUACAGGCUCUAACAUUCAGGGGAAUAACAACCAAGUGUCCAAUUUAAUUAAUGUGGAUCCUCAAGUAAAUGCCGAUGUAAAUGCUUUAAGUAGUGUCAAUCAAAGAACAGCAGGUGGAAUCGGUGGUGCUGGAGCAACUGGGGCUGGAAAUAGUUUUGGUGGCGGGCAGGCACAAAAUACAGGUAAUCGGAUUGUUGGCGAUGGUAACACUGUUUCGAGUCUUGCCAAUGUCAAUCCACAAGUCAAUGCUGGCUUGAAUCUGCUAAGUUCGGUAACACAAACGCUUUCCGGUGCUGCAGGUGGUAGCGACGGACCACUUGGAGGCGUACUCAGUGGUGUAGGUGGCGCUGCUAAUAACAUUGGCGGCAGACAAACGAUGGCUACAGGUUCCAAUAUACAAGGAAACCGCAAUCAAGUAUUCAGUUUAUUAAAUGUGGAUCCCCAAAUCAAUGCUGACGUGGAUGCUCUAAAUAUUGUCAAUCAAAGUACACCAGGUGGAGCUAGCGGUGCAGGAACAGCUGGCUCGCGCGAUGCUGGAAAUAAUAUUGGCGGUAGUCAAGCUCAAUCUUCAGGAAAUCGCAUUGUUGGUGAUGGCAACACUGUUUCGAGCCUCGCCAAUGUCAAUCCACAAGUAGACGCUGUGGUGAAUCUGCUAAGUUCUGUUACACAAACCGUAUCCGGUGCCACAGGCGGCGGUGCAAGUGGCGGAUUGCUAGGUGGUGCACUUGGCUUAGCUAACAGCAUAGGUGGCAGACAACAGAUGGAGACAGGCUCUAACAUUCAGGGGAACAACAACCAAGUGUCGAAUUUAAUUAAUGUGGAUCCUCAAGUAAAUGCCGAUGUAAAUGCAUUAAGUAGUGUCAAUCAAAGAACAGCAGCUGGAAGCGGUGGUGCUGAAGCAACUGGGGCUGGUGGAGCUGGAAAUAGUUUUGGUGGCGGACAAGCGCAAAUUGCUGGCAAUCGGAUUGUUGGCGAUGGUAACACUGUUUCGAGUCUUGCCAAUGUCAAUCCACAAGUCAAUGCUGGCGUGAAUCUGCUAAGUUCUGUAACACAAACGCUUUCCGGUGCUGCAGGUGGUAGCGACGGACCACUUGGAGGCGUACUCAGUGGUGUAGGUGGCGCUGCUAAUAACAUUGGCGGCAGACAAACGAUGGCUACAGGUUCCAAUAUACAAGGAAACCGCAAUCAAGUGUUCAGUUUAUUAAAUGUGAAUCCCCAAAUUAAUGCUGACGUGAAUGCUCUAAAUACUGUCAAUCAAAGUACACCAGGUGGAGCUAGCGGUGCAGAAACAGCUGGCUCGCGCGAUGCUGGAAAUAAUAUUGGCGGUAGUCAAGCUCAAUCUGCCGGUAAUCGUAUUGUUGGUGAUGGCAACACUGUUUCAAGUCUCGCCAAUGUCAAUCCUCAAGUCAAUGCUGGCGUGAAUCUUCUAAGUUCAGCAACAGAAACCGUUUCUGGUGUGGCUGGUGGUGCUGUUGGUGCUAGUGGUGGACUUUUAGGCGGCGUACUAGGUAGCGCAACUUGGCGUGGCGUACUUGGUGGUGCAACGAGUGGAGUUUUAGACGGCGUACUUGGUGGCGCAACUAAUAGAAUUUUAGGCGGCGUACGUGGUGACGCAAUUGGCGGACCUUUAGGCGGCGUGGUUGGCGGCUUGGGUGGUGCGGAAAACAACAUCGGCGGCCAGCAAGUCUUGAAUAGAGGCUCCACCAUAUUGGGAAAUAAUAAUCAGGUUUCCAGUUUAUUGAAUGUCGAUCCUCAAGUGAAUGUAGAUGUUAAUGCCUUAAGUAGGGUUAAUCAACAAACCAGCACUGGAGGUCUUUCGGGUACUGGUGGUGCUCAAUCAUCGGCGGUAGGAAUUUCUGGAAACGCUGGAGCUACCCGAGUUGCUGGUGGAAGUCAAACACUUAACAGCGGUACGGUUAUCCAAGGCUCAGGCAAUGCAGUUUCCUCACUGGCCAAUGUAGCGCCUCAGGUUGGCCUCGAUAUAGAUUUACUCAAUGCUGUAACUCAAACGGGCGGCGGCGGCGGUGGUGCUGGAUUGCUUGGAGGCCAUUUACCUCCAACCCCACAACCAACUCUGCCUCCUACACUUCCUCCAUUACCCCCGACACUACGUCCAACUCCACCUCUCACACUUCCUCCGACUGUACCGCCAACUCCCCCUACACUUUUACUAACUUCGCCCCUUUAUCCUCCAACUUACCCGACUGCACUAAACGUACCUUAUGCCUACCCUCCGCAACCACCAUCGCCGUCCUACUUGGCACCACCUUUACCACCACAAUUCCCUAAAGCUAACUGCUUUGAAAUUACGGAUUACGAUCUAAAUGGGAAUAAGGGUCAAUCUCGUAUAGUGUGUGUUCCACCUCCGUCCCCGCCAACACGUCGUUGUUUCCUGCGCCGUUGCAACAAAUGGUCAAAUCAAGCAGAUACCAGCUGCUGUUUUGAAAACCAUCCACAUUCGCAACCACAUGCACCAAUACCCGCACCUGCGCCAGCACCGAUUUACGAAUCGCCACAACCUGGACAGAUAGAGUCACCGAUAAAUCUAAGAUACGAUCAUUUCUACCCUUAA